AUGGCGACCGCGGCGAUCCAAAGUGUCUCUGAUGAGACUCUGCCCAAAGACCCUGUCUCCGUCGAGCCGAUCACAUCCUCAAUCGUCGACGAAAAGUCCGCCGACAACGGCGACGCUGAGACCGAGGUUACAAUGACCGCAGCCCAGAAGAAAAAGGCUAAGAAAAACGCCAAGAAGAAGGAGAAGAAGGCCGCCGCCAAGGUCGACGAGAAUGGCUUCGACUCUGCCGACGUCUCAUCUUCGCAAGAGGUCGACCCCAUCGACUCGACUGAGAAGAUCGAGGAGAUGAAGGAAUCCGAGCCUGUCGUCGAGGCUGACAAGCCCACCGAAGAAGCUGUCUCUGAGAAGCAGCCCGAGACGACCACUGAAGAAUCUGCCGAGCCUACUAAGGAGGUGCCUACAUCCACCGAGGCCGAGUCAGAACCCACCACAGAGGCAUUCGCCGCCGAGAUUCCCACCAAGAGCGAGGAGACUGAACCCGUUCCAGAGCCUACUACUGCCGAACCGGCCGUGGAGGAGUCCAAGUCCGUUGAAGCUACUCAAGAGUCUGUACCAGAAGAGACCUCAAAGCAAGCUACUGAGACUACGACUGAGGCUGUUUCGGAGGCCGUCGAGGCCCCCGCCGAGAAGCUCCCCGCAGAGUCUACAAUUGAAGAAUCCAAGCCUGAGGAAUCGACCCCGGAGGUCACUAAGGAAGCUCCAGUCGAAGGGACUCCCGCCGAGGAGCCCGUUAAGGAGACACUUGCCGAGGAGCCUACCGUGGAGACCGCCUCCGAGUUCAAGGAAGAAGCUCCCGCUGAAAGUCCCGUUGUUAAGGAGCCCGAAGUUUCCAAGGAGACCGCCGAGGAGCAGCCCGCUAUUGAGGAGCCAACCGAAGCUCCUAGCACUGAGCAGCUCGCCGAGGAAGCUCCUGUCCAGGAAACUGCCACCGCAGAGGCUACCCCCGAACCUACUAAGGAGACGACCACUGCCGCCCCGGUUGAUGACAAGAUUGAGACAGCUCAGCAGGCCGAAGAGCCUAUUCCUGUUGAGAUCAAGGAAGAAGUCGCAGAACCUAUCACCGAGACUACUACCAUCGAGGAGCCCGCUACUGAGCAGACCGCCGAACAGACUGCAGUUGCCGAGCCAGAGCAGAAAACUACCACUACCGAGCCUGAAGUGGUUCCUGUGGCUGCUGAGCCUACUCCCGCUCCCGAAGCCGAGGAGUCCAAGGUCGAAGAGACUCCCGCGGCUAUUUCUGAGCCCGUCGAGCCUCCUACCACCGAAGAGGCUGCUAUUGUUGCGCCUACUAAGGAGGAGGCCACUGAGGUGGUGACGGAAGCCUCCAAGGCCGAGGAGUCCAUCGAAGAGUCCAAGCAUCAGACUACAGAGGAACCCGCCGUGGAAGAGAAGGCAUCCGACGAAUCCGUGGCCCCAGCUGCUGAGACCGCUGCCGUGGAAGGUCUUGCUGCUGAUUCACCAGUUGAAGAAUUCACCGAAAAGCCUGUCACUGAGUCUCCCGUCGAGGCUGUCGCGGAGAGUGAGGCCAAGGAGUCUGUUGAGGAAUCUGUUCGGGAGACUCCGGCUGAGCAGCUCGUUGAGGCUAUCCCCGAGGAACCCUCUACCACCGAUGUGCCUGCCAAUGAAUCGACGAAUGAUAUUAUCACUGAGCCCACUGAGCCCGACACCGAGCCCGUCACUGAGUCGGUUGCUGAGACCGUCUCCGAAGCUCCCGUCAAGCCUAUCGUCGAGCCCGUUGCUGAGCCCGUUGCUGAGCCCGUCGCUGAGCCCGUCGCUGAGCCCGUCGCUGAGCCCGUCGCUGAGCCCGUCGCUGAGCCCGUCGCUGAGCCCGUCACCGAAGCUCCUGUCGAGCCUAUCGUCGAGCCCGUUGCUGAGCCCGCUGCGGAGCCCGUCACCGAAGCUCCAGUCGAGCCUAUCGUCGAGCCCGUUGCUGAGCCCGUUGCCGAGCCCGCUGCGGAGCCCGUCACCGAAGCUCCAGUCGAGCCUAUCGUCGAGCCCGUUGCUGAGCCCGUUGCUGAGCCGGUUACUGAGUCCGUCACCGAGCCCGCUGCGGAGCCCGUCACUGGAGCUCUCGUCGAGUCCAUUGCCGAGCCCGUCGCUGAAGAAACUUCUAAGGAGACCGUCACCGAAGCGUCCGUGGAGCCUAUCGCCGAGUCCAUUGCUGAGCCUGCUACGGAGGCCGCUGCUGAGCCCAUUGAGACCACUUUCGAAGCCCCUGCCGAGCAGUCUACCAAGGAAGCCGUCACUGAAGCUCCCGUCGAGCUCCCCGAAACUGCCACCGAGCCCGCUGCCGAGGAAGCCCUCACUCAAGAGCCCAAGGUCCCCGUGGCUGAGGAACAGAAGGUCGAGGAGAAUCUCGCCGAGCCCGAGGUUUUUACCGCCGUUGAGGCCGCCCCGGAGACCAAGACCGUCGAGGCACCUGUUGCUGAAGAGGUGGAAACUGUCGAUAUCCCUGCAGUUCAAGAAUCCGCUAAGGAUGAAGAGGCUGCUGAUGUUCCCGCUGUCGAGGAGAAGACUGAGGUUCCCGCUGAGGCUGAAGCUCCUGUCGAGGCCGCUGCUAUCGAGGAAGAAACUAAGGAAGUUAGCACCGAGGAGCCCACCGUGACCGAGCCCGUGGCAGACUCUGUUGUUGCCGUGGCUCCCGUUGUUGAAGAGGCCCCCAUCGCUGAGACCCCCGUUGUUGAGGCUCCUGUUGUUGAGGCUGAUGCCGCUCAGGAGGUUGUUGUCGAGGAACGUGUCAAGGAAGAGCCCGUUGCCGUCGAGGAGCCUACUGUCGAGGCGCCCGUCAUCGAAGAGGCCAUCAAGGAGGGGCCACUCGUUGAGGAAUCUGUCAAGGAUAUUGUUGAGGAGAAACCUGCUCCUGCUGCCACUGAGGAGGCUGUGGUCGAGGAGCCCGUCGCCAUCGAGGAGCCUACUGUCGAGGAGCCUACUGUCAAGGCGUCUAUCGUCGAGGAGACUAUUAAGGAAGAGCCUAUAGUCCAUGAGCCCGUCGUUGAGGAGUCCGUUGAGGAGACCCCGGUGCCUACUGCUACCGAUGAGGCUGUCGUUGUGGAGGAGCCUACCCCAGCUGUUGAGGAGCAAAACUCCACUGAAGCUGUGGAGCCUGAGACUACCCCCGCUGCUGAGCCAACCCUGCCAGUACAGGAGCCCGUGCAAUCUGAGGAGGUCCCCGCCACGAAAGAAGAGCCAGUUGUUGAGGCCCCUGUGACUGAACAGAAGCCCGAGAAGCAGGAAGAGCCUGUGCAGGCCGAGGACAUCCCCGCCACUAAGGAAGAGGAGCCCGUUGCCAUCGUCGAGGAGACUCCUGCUGCGACUGAAGCUCCUGUUGAGGAGUACUCUGCUUUCCGUGAGCUGAUGAACGCCCCUAAUGAGGAGACUAAAGAAGAAUCCGCCAAGGACAGCGAUAUUACUGCUGAGGUGAUUGGCGCUGGAGCUGCCGCUGCCGUUGCCGGGGUUGCUGCCGUUGGUGUGGCCUCUGCGCUGCACAAGGAAGCUGAGUCUACACCGGCCCCUGAAGCAGAGCAGGAGUCGACCAUCACUGAAACCAAGGACGAGCCUGCGGAAGCCAAGGUAGAGACCGAGGCCCCAGCAGAGUCGCAGCCCGAUAACAGUAAGCUGCAGCCCUACGCUGUCUCGACCAACAACGUGUCAGUCCCAUCGUUCGAAGCUGAUCCGGUUCUCACAGCCCUUGCUGUUGAUCGCGAAGCUCUUCUCAGCAAGCUAAACCAGCCCUCCACCGACCAGCUGGCCAGCAUGACCAGUGAACAACCCCAGACUUCCGCUGCCACCAAGCAGCCCCAGGUCGAAACCGAGGAGGAGCCCGCCCAAAAGUCUACCGAGACUCCUGCCCAGCUCGCCCCGGAAACCGCCGCUACCAACGACGCUAAUGAGGAGGAUGCUCGUCCCGUGAGCCAGAACCGGUCAGUGACUGCUGUUUCUUUGAAUAGCGCACCUGACAACUGGCUCAAGGCGUUCCUGCGCACUAUGUUCGGAGGAUUCUUUGGAACUAUCUUUUCGCCUUUCCGCCGCCGUGGAAAGGACGGCAAAUAA